CUGCACUACGGGACCCUCCUGGGCAGCAGAGCUUGUGCCCACAUGGCAGCAGCUGCCUGGGCCAGUGCCUUUCUCUAUUCACUGCUGCACACAGCCAAUACAUUUUCCCUGCCCCUGUGCCAUGGCAAUGCCCUGGGCCAGUUCUUCUGUGAAAUCCCACACAUCCUCAAACUCUCCUGCUCCAAAGCCUAUCUCAGGGAACUUGGGCUAAUUGCUUUUAGUGCUUGUUUAGCAUUUGGUUGUUUUGUGUUCAUUGUUUUCUCCUAUGUGCAGAUCUUCAGGGCUGUGCUGAGGAUCCCCUCUGAGCAGGGACGGCACAAAGCCUUUUCCACCUGCCUCCCUCACCUGGCUGUGAUCUCUGUGUUCCUCAGCACUGCAGUGUUUGCCUACCUGAAGCCUCCCUCGAUCUCCUCCCCAUCCCUGGAUCUGGCCCUGUCAGUUCUGUAUGCGGUGGUGGCUCCAGCCCUGAACCCCCUCAUCUACAGCCUGAGGAGCCAGGAGCUCAAGGCUGCAGUGAGGAAACUGAUGACUGGAUGAUUUCAGAAACAUUAAACUGCUGGCCAAAU